AUGUCGACACUGCACUCUGCGACUGGGGCAUCGGCACCACCCAAGGUGUCGCGGCCCACCGCUGCUAUGCGGUCGGUCGCCAGCCCAUUGCAGGCGGCGACCAAUACGUUGGGGACGCGCAAGCGUACGAAGGACGUGGCCGCGGUCUUUGACAAGCGGCCCACGCCCAGUAAUAGAGAGUCGGUGCGUGCCCUACAGCCCCCCAUUACGGCGGCGCAGAUGGCGCGCGGACAGCAACGCUCGCCAGAAGUACGUGCUGCGCCUCCCAUCAGCGCGGCUCGACCACAGCCAGCUGAAGCAUCUCGCCCUCCAACGCGCUUGGAGCGCGAGAAAAAGCGGCACUACAAUGAUCCUCCUAAUGUUGGCCCUUGGAAGCUCGGUAAGCUAAUCGGCCAAGGCGCGUCGGGUCGAGUGCGCGUUGCUAUCCACUCACGUACACAACAAAAGGCAGCUGUGAAGAUCAUUCCGAAGCAGAUGCUCAUCAACAGUCGAAUGAGCUUGCGGGAUCUAAGUGCCAAGCAGGACAAGCUUACGCUCGGUAUUGAACGUGAAAUUGUUAUUAUGAAACUGAUCGAGCACCCCAACCUGCUCGGUCUAUGGGAUGUAUACGAAACGAGCAAGGAGCUGUUCCUCGUCAUGGAAUAUGUCGCUGGUGGUGAGUUGUUUGACUACUUGGUGGCCCGUGGACGCUUGCAACCUGACGAGGCGCGUAUGUAUUUCCGACAAGUCAUCUUUGGUGUGGACUACUGCCAUACGUUCAGCAUCUGCCAUCGUGACUUGAAGCCGGAGAACCUGCUUCUGGAUGGCAGUCGCAGUGUUGUGAAGAUUGCAGACUUUGGUAUGGCGGCGCUGCAGCCCACUGAGAAGAUGCUUGAAACAAGCUGCGGUAGCCCACACUACGCCAGUCCGGAAAUCGUGAGCGGCAAGACGUACGAUGGUACCGCGAGUGAUAUUUGGAGCUGUGGUAUUAUUCUUUUUGCGUUGUUAUGUGGCCGUCUGCCCUUUGAUGACCCCAACAUCCAGAUGCUGCUAAGCAAGGUGCGUUCGGGCAAGUUUGCUAUGCCCUCGCAUCUGGACCCAGAAGUGAAGGAUCUGAUUAGCCGCAUGCUGCAGACGGACCCGAAAAAACGUGCCACGAUGCAUGAGAUUUGCAACCACCCGUGGUUCACCGAUCACGGCCGUCUCUCGUCGCACAACCCUGUCUCGACGGAGAUUAGCACACUGGCCAACGAACCUGUGCAAUUGGCCGAUAUUGAUCCAGAUAUCCUCGGUAACCUGAGCACGCUGUGGCCUGAACUCUCGCAUGAGCGGAUCAUUCGAUGCUUGCUGGAACCAGGCCCUAAUUGGCAAAAGACCUUUUAUUCGCUCCUUGUUAUUCACCGAGACCGUCAUGGCAGUGAUGACGAAGAGGACGAGGACGAUGAGGAUCUCGAUGAGGACGACCAGUUGGAGCUGCAGCGAAACCGCACAGAACCGCCUCAAGCGCCACCUAUCAUGCCUGCCGUGAUGGGGAAGGCGGCGCAAGCGCCGGUCAACAACAGCCUGGGUCUCGUCAUUGGCCACGAAGAGAAGGAGCGUCUUGAAGAGCAGCCACCGGCGCCUGUGGCCAUGUCGAACCAGCCGCCGGCGGCCGCCCAUGUGACGUCUACGCCGCCACGGGCCGCUGCUACGUUGCCCGCUGGUACAAAGACCCCGGAGAUGGUGCCGCCUACGCCUUUGAAGGACGAAGUCACCGAGCGCUUGCGUGAACAGGCACGUGCCGAGCAAGCUCGUGCUGACAAGAUUCGUGCAGAUGUGGCUAAAGCAGAGCAAUCUCUUGCUGCGGAUAUGGCUGCACAAAAGGCGCGAGAGGAGGCUGAGGCUGCAGCGCUGCGUGCCGAGCUGCAGCGCGCCGAGGAUGAGCGGAAGGAGCAGCUGCGUCUAGAGCAAGAAAAGGCACAGCAGCUUUUGGCUCUCAAGGCUGCGGAAGAACAGGCUCGUAAGGCUGCAGAGGAACAGGCCCGCAAGGCUGCGGAGGAGCAGGCUCGUAAAGCCGCGGAAGAGCAGGCCCGCAAGGCAAAGGAAGAGCAAGCACGCAAGGCAGCUGAGGCUACGCGGUUGGCCGUCGAGGCCGAGGCCCGCAAAGCUGUCGAGGCCCGCAUGGCACGUGAUGCGGCUGCGCGUCAGGCAGCGAUGCAAAAGGUCUUGGACGAUGCAGCGCGCCAGGCAGCGGAAGAGCGUGCGGCGUUGGAAAAGGAGGCGCAGGUCAAGGCGGCAGCUAGCACGCCAGAGCCGUCGGCACCCUCGACGUCAGCACACAAGGGCCCAGGCCGUCGUAUUUCGGCUCUCUUUAGCUCGAUGCCGUUCCCCGGUCGGAAAACGUCGUUGGCCUCGCUACGCACGUCGUCGGCCUCUCAUUCGCGCUCCACGUCGCCGAUUCCACCUGAUGCGCCUACGAUGGGCUCGCCUGCCGCGGCCCCUGUCUCGCGACCGAUGUCGCCUAGCAUCAAGGCAUCGUCGCUGGCCUUCCCGACGAAUGCUUCGCCUCGCAUGUCCUCACCUGUACUCCCAGAGACGAAGACAACGAUGCCUGCUACCAAGCCUGUGGCUCCCACGACGGCAGCACCAGUGUCCAAGCCUGUGACCCCGACGACCACUGCGCCAGUGGCCAAGCCAGGGGCAUCAUCAGUACCAACGCCUACUUCUCUACCGCUGCCUGUGGUGAUUGAAGUGCCAUCUCCUGCAUCGGUGCGUACGUCGUCGACGACAGAGACCAAGCCUGUCGCUGCGAAGGCCAUCAAGACCAAUCCAUUGAUGCUCAGCCCUGCAAAGCAGGCAGAGACGAAAGCAGAGAAGCCGGUCGAGACAGAGAUUGAGAAGCCAGUGCCAGUCAAGGCAUUGGAGACAGAGAAGCCAGCGCAAGUCAGGGCGGUGGAGACGAAGACGGAGAAGCCAGUAGAGGCGCAUGCGGUGAAGGUCGACAUGCCAACCCUUUCGAAGACUACGAAGCCAGAAGAGGCGCAGGUGGAUACCAAGACGGCGGAGCCUAUCGGCAUUCGGCCCGUGACCAAGCCUGCAAUCGACAGCCAAGCAGUCACCAAGUCUACACGCCCCGUCCCUGCACCGCCGACCGUUGCCGCAUGGAAGCAGCGCCUGCCAUCCGUGCAAGCGGCGCCGAACAACAAGCGUAUCGUGUCCAAUGGCAGCAGCCAAGGCAACGAUGAUUCGCUUAUGCGGACAUUUAUGCAGGAGAUUGCCGACGAGCUCGACUCACUAGACUCGAUUCAUCCGACGUUGAACUUCGAGUACCCGUCGCCGCGCAAGACCGACACCGAUAUGGGCACCUCGUCGAUUUUGCCUGCGUCGAUUCGGCCUACGCGCCCUGCGCCUGCGGCGCCUACGCAGCCAGCAGAUCUCACGCUCAGCUCCGUAAGCAGCACGUCGGAUCGCUUCGACGACGCGACGGAAGACUCGCUGUUCGUGACGCCUAUCAAGGCACAAGACACGCUGCAUCGGACGCACACGCCUGUGUACGCAGCCUUUGCGAAGUACACCAGCCAGGUGCCACAGGCGACAGACUCGCCUCGCGUUGUCUCGGCGCCGACACACACCGCCAGUAUGUCGUCGCCGAGCCCCAAACCGCGCGCUAGCGAUUUGGGUCUUCGCCCGCGCUACCGCGAGAGCCGUGCGCAGGUGCCUGGCAUGCCGCAAGUGCGUCAGCCGGUAGGAGCCCGCGAAAUGCCGCCGGCCCCUGCUACAGCCCCUGCGCCGGCCGCGCCAGCGGCGUCGACAGCUGUGCCAGCCUCGCCGGAGAGCCCGCGUAUUGGCCACACGACCAAGCUGAUGCCACGGGCCAAGCCACAGCAGCAGGCACAGGCGUUGGGCGUCGGCCUGGGCCGCCCGACGUCGACGCCCAAGGCGGAGACGCCUCGCCCCCAAAGUGUGCAGGAGACGCCGAUCCGUACGCGUCCGCUGAGUGCCGAUCAGACGCCUCGCCCACAGAGCGCGAUGAACGCAAGCCCUCGUGUGCAGAGUGUGUCGCUAGGCUCGGCAGAGCGAAAGAAGGAAGUGAGCCUCUCGCCCAAGCCCCUGAAGACUAUGACGACCCUGCCGGAGGUGAAGCCGGUCGCGACGUCGCCUGUGCCGUUGCCGACGUCCAGUGUACCUACGCCCUCCAUUCGCCUGACCAGUGUCUCAAGCACAGCCACAGGCUCAGGCCGGACUGUCAGCGGCGCCUCGACCGCGUCGACGGCGCCGACCAGUGUGGCCAGCCCCGUAUCGGUGGCGAGUCCUACGUUCGAAGGCGCGCGAUUCAAGUCGAUUCAGCCUACGUCGCCGCCCACCGUGCCCACGUCCACCGACGGCGCGCGGACAGUGUCGGGCGCCUCGACAACGUCACAGAGCAAGGCACAUGUGCGUCAGCGCCGCAGCUUUUUGCAAGUGCUGCGUCGCGACGACGAGCCUGCAGGUCUGGGCGUCGAUAUCAUUGGCCUCGAUAAGGACAAUAUGCACUUGCAGCGGCCCAUGUCGCCCAUCGGCUCGGAGCCGGUGACGACUACCGCAGGCACGUCCUCGACGAUCGGCGCUCGGCACUCCUGGUUCUAUGGGUUGUUGCCGAAGCGUCAGAUGCACGUGUUGAUGUCGGUCGAGAACCUGACACUCACCGCGGAGACGUGCCAGCAGAUGCUGCAGCGCCUUGGCGCCGUGCCUACGCCGUACUCACGUGCGCAAAUGGGCCUGCCACUAACGCAGCAAGGUCCGUUGGUGUACCUGCUGGAGCGUCUGCAAGACCCCAAGACGCAGCAGGUCAUAUCGUGCAAGCCCAUGCGAUUCCGUGUGGAGUACACGAUCCUGCCGAUCCGCUCACAGGCCCGGAGUGUGAGUGAGAGUGGCACGAAAGCUUCCUCGAACGCCUCCACGACGCCCAAAUCGCCUGGCAUGCCUGGUUGGGACCCACGUACCCACCGACGUACAGACGAUGAGCCCUUGUCAUUUGCGACGAGUGUGACAUGCACCCAUGAAAAGGGCUCGCUCUCGACGUUCCGUCAGUUCAUGGAUACCUUGCGGCGUGAAUGGACCUUGGACAGCGCGGCAGAGUAA